CCCUCCCCCGGUGCGUAGCGCGGUGCAUGCCGGACUCUGUUGCCGGUGCUCGGGACUCUGGCCGCCCGGGAGAUGCUGCUGGACAAGAAGAAGCACCGAGACCGUGUGUGACUACAGGUUCACUUGAUGUAUUCGAUGGAUUCCAAUCAUAGUUCUCCACUAGUGCCUCACUCAAACAACAGCAAAGCUUUCUACAAAAAGGGACUGGAGCCUGCACAACAAGUUGGGUUAGUGAGAUCACUCCCCGAUGUCUGCCCCAAGGAGCCAACAGGUGAUGCUCACAGUUUGUGUGAUGAACCAUCUGUAGUUGCAGAUCAGCACAAGUGGACCAUCUACCAUUCCAAAGUGAACCUUCCAGCAGCAUUAAAUGACCCUCGUCUUGCAAAAAGAGAGUCUGAUUUCUUCACUAAGACAUGGGGUCAAGACUUUGUGGAGACAGAAGUGUUGCCCUCUCCCUACCUCCCGGCCAUCACCAAGGAAAACUUUUCUCUAUACAGGGAGCAAACUACACUGAGAGAAAAGAGUCAUGAGAAGUGGAAGACAAUAUGCCCUCCCAAGGGUGAUUUUGACAGGACAGCCUUGACACAGUCACUUGUAAAUAAAUCCAGGGGUGAUUUGGAACAAGUACCUAAGAUUUUUAUGAAACCAGACUUUGCCUUGGAGGAUUCCUUAACGUUUAAUGCGGUUUUACCAUGGUCUCAUUUUAGUACUACCGGAGGAAAAGGGACAAGGGAUACAGCCUCUUCCAAACUGCUUCAAGAGAAGCUGAGCCACUACUUGGAUAUUAUUGAGGUGAACAUCGCCCACCAAAUCUCUCUGCGAUCUGAAGCAUUCUUCCAUGCUAUGACCUCCCAGCACGAGCUGCAGGACUACCUCAGGAAGACCUCCCAGGCCGUAAAAAUGCUGCGGGACAAAAUCUCACAGAUCGACAGAGUUAUGUGUGAAGGAUCCCUGCGAAUCCUACGGCAAGCACUGACCAGGAAUAACUGCAUUAAAGUGUACAAUAAGCUCAAAUUAAUGGCUACGGUGCAUCAAACUCAGCCUACUGUACAGCUACUGUUAUCCACUUCUGAAUACGUCGGGGCUCUGGACUUAAUAGCAACAACACAGGAGGUCUUGCAACAAGAACUGCAGGGCAUUCACAGUUUUCGGCACCUUGGGUCACAGCUCUGUGAACUGGAAAAAUUAAUUGAUAAAAUGAUUAUUGCGGAUUUCACGUCAUAUGCUUGCAAUGAGUUAAACAGGCCUUUAGAAGAAGACUGCCAUGUAAUGGAAGAGGAGAGACUCGUGUCCUUGGUCUUUGGCCUAUUGAAGCAGAGGAAGCUUAAUUUCUUCGAAAUCUAUGCAAAUGAAAUGAUGAUGACGGCAAAAAACGUAAUCAAACAGUGUGUGGUCAACACCUUAUCACAGAAUGAUGACAUUGAUUCUGAGAUUGUUACCAAGCUUGCCGAUCAGAUUCGGAUGUUGACUUUUUCCCAGUGGUUUGACCUGCUGAAGAACAUUUUUUUAAAGUUUACAGUUUUUCUUCAGAGAGUCAAGGCAACAUUAAAUGUCAUCCGUUGUGUUGUAUUAAUGGUCUUGGAUAAGAAUCAACGAAUCCGGGAACAGGAGGUAAUGGAAGCUCAGAAAAACUUGGCAAGAGAGAGGAAUAUAGAUCAUGAACUCGCUUACUUGACUCACGAAGGCUUGUUUAUAAGUGAUGCUUUCAGUGAAGGUGAACUUCCCCACGCUGCUUCCAACACUAACUUCCAUAGGAAUCCAUCACCCAGCGGUAUCGAACCCUCUGGCAUUGAUUCAGCGUCUGAUCCUGAAUGCACUACCGACUCUUCCUCCAGCAAAGAACACACACUGCCUUCAGUUACCCCAGGAGGAGUCGAGAUAAUAAUGAAUGAAGAUAUGAAGCUAACAGACCUAGAACUUGGGAAAGUUGCAAACAACAUACAGGAGCUUUUAUACAAUGCCUCUGACGUCUGCCAUGACAGAUGCGUCAAGUUUCUGCUUUCAAGAUCUAGGGAUGGUUCUCUUGAAAAGCUAAGCUCCAGCGAGUUUGUGUCCCUGUCUCGCUCGGUCGAAGCAUUCGUAAUGGACACCGAGAAGAUCUGUGGUAGAAGAAGCAUGUCGCUGCGAGGGGCCCUUCAAAGCCAAGCAAACAGAUUUGUUAACCGCUUCCACGAAGAGAGGAAAACAAAACUGAGUCUCCUAUUAGAUAAUGAGCGCUGGAAACAAGCUGAUGUCCCUGCAGAAUUUCAGGAUCUGGUGGAUUCUAUAACAGAUGGCAAAAUAAUUUUACCUGAAAAAAAGCCUGCAUGUACAGAAGAAAGGAAACCCACCGAUUUUCUUACGGUCGAUGGUCAGAAAUACGCUGUUGUUGGCACUGUCCUUAUCUUAAUCAGGAUCAUUUUGGAGUAUUGCAGCUGUGUAGAUGAUAUCCCCUCUGUUACAACUGAUAUGCUCACUCGUCUGACUGAGCUUCUGAAGUACUUCAAUUCACGGAGUUGUCAGUUAGUUUUGGGAGCUGGAGCGUUGCAAGUUGUUGGACUGAAGACGAUAACCACCAAAAACUUAGCUCUCUCCUCGCGUUGCUUACAGCUCAUAGUACAUUACAUUCCUAUGAUUAGAGCGCAUUUUGAAGCUCGUAUGCAGCCCAAGCAAUAUAUCAUGCUACGUCAAUUUGACCACAUCACUAAGGACUACAAUGACCACAUAGCAGAAAUUUCUGCAAAACUGGUUUCAAUAAUGGAUGGCUUGUUUGAUAAGCUUCUAUCAAAGUAUGAGGUUAAGGCCCCGGUCCCUUCCGUGUGCUUCAGGAAUAUCUGCAAGCAAAUGGCAAAAAUGCAUGAAGCUAUCCAUGAGAUUCUUCCUGAAGAGCAAACACAGGCACUAUUCCUCCGAAUUAACACAAGCUGCCGACUUCAUUUAAAGAGUCAGCUCUGCCACCUCAAUGUCACAAAUGAUGGAGGACCACAGCAUGGGUUGGUUGCAUCAGACAUUGCAUUUUACACAGAAAAUGUCCAGGCGUUAAAAGGUCUCAAAGGUCUGGAUUUAAGCAUGGGAGAAAUAUGGGAGCAGAAGAGGUGAUGUCUAACCAAAAGAAGACAACUGAAAGCCAGUAACUUUUAUACCACAGAACCGGAAGUCUUACAGGCCAGGGGCAGAAAAUCCAAAGACCAAGUCAGUGGCUGCAGAACGAACGUCGGAACCGGACUCUUCCUGGUUCUUGGGGACGGACGUUUAAGAUAUCCUGCGAUGGACGACCGGGCUGUACAACUACUUUGAUUUUCUUUGGAAAUAGGCUCAGGUUUCUUGGACCAAAUCCAAACCAACGCAUGGCUGUAACACAGCUUUUCCUUAAGUCUGAUGCUCUGUGUAUCUUUUUAUUAUAAAGGGACGAUGCUCUAUUCAGUUUCAAGAAAUGACUUUUCAGAUUUGCGUUGGCCAACUAUACUGAAGGUGCAGAUUGUGUACAUCGAAAAUCACCAACUUCAAAGGAUUUUUUUUCAACCAAAAUCGCUUGGUGCCUGUACAUCGUAUAACUGUAUGGCGUUAGUCUUAAAUAAGAAGGGUGAAGCUGUCAAUGCUUAGCUGUCUGCCGGUUCACAGCAAGUCACAAGUUCUUGCUAGGCUGACAGAAGAAGGUUAAGGGAAACAUCUUCUCAAGAUGACUUUGUUGUCCCUUGGCAGGGUCCUGAUAACUUGUCCCAUGAACUUGGAGGGAGGACUACUUCUGUACAGGUCACAUUGGGUGAUGUGUUUGGCUACCGCUGCUUAGAUUAGUUAAAUAGUUUGGGGACAAUGCUGUAAACUGCUGGUGUUUUCAAUCAGUAUUUUUGUAAAAUAUUUUUUAAAAUUAAGGUAUUUUUGCCUUUACUAUAUAUAUAUAUAGUGAGGUGAGAGUAUUUAUUUGCAGUAUCUGCUAAGGAGGUUGAUAUUUUCUGAUUGCGUUUUUUAAGUAGAUUCAACUGUUCUUUUUCUUAUUAAUAAUAAUUGUUACUUGUCGGAUUGUGGUGUUUAUAUUUAAUUUGAUUUCUUUUUUUGUUUUGCAGUUUUUAAUCCUUAAAUCUGUAACAUUCUAAAGUGCCUGUUUUAAUAGAUUAACUGAACCCAACGGCUCAUUCUGGUAUUUUUGAUAGAGAGUAACAGCGCUCCAGUAUUAAGUGCCUGUGUCAGUUUUCCUACAAAUGUAUUUUUGUUAUUUUGUGUCUACCCUUAAACCUUUUAUAUAUGUUU